CCUCCUAUUGACAUAGGCGAAAAGGAACACCAUCACCAUGAUGAGAUAGCAUAGCAGGACCCAGGGUGGGAAGUAACUAAGAAACAUUCUUGCAAAACAGUUGUAAAUCAAACAUUGAGCAACACUCAAGUGGGAAGAGAAGAAUAUAUUCUAUUCAUUUAAAUCCUGCUUUUAUAAUCUGACAAAUAGACUGAAAUUUGGAAUCUAUGUUUCGUCAAGAUGGUUGUACUGGCAGAAAAAGACAGACCUGUUGCUCAGAUGUUACUGAAUUCUGGAACAUGUCCCCGUUGUAUUUUCAGAUUCUGUGGUGUAGGAUUGCAGACUUCCUACAGGGAACCUCAUAAGGAUUUAUUUCAUGAACUAUGCAAGUUUCUGGAGAGCAAAGAAGAUGAAAAUAUAUUAUCUUGUGAAAUGGCUAAUCCCCCAUGUAAAAAGAUUAAACUGGAAAAUGCUAAUGGAAUUAAAGAUCAAAACCCAAAUGGAAGCCAUGAGCUAAACAAUAUGAACGAUGAUGGAAGUGAUGCUCCAGCAAUUGAAAACUUAAAUCCAGUUGUGUGCAAUAUAUGUUUGGGGAUUCUACAGGAUCUUUGUGAAAUAGACUUUGUCAAAACUGCAUGCCACAAGAUUAAUUCCUCUGAAUAUCAGUUUUCCAGUUUUGUGUUUUCAGUGUCAUUCCCACCACAACUUUCAGUCAGAGAGCAUGCAGCAUGGCUGCUGGUGAAAGAAGAAAUGGGGAAACAGGGCCUGUCAAUUGGAAAAAAUGACUUUGUUCAGCUGAAAGAAGCUUACAAAUGGCUUAUCCAUCCCCUGUUCUUGGAGGAGUUGGGAGUCCCUGCUGAUGGAAAGAGCCUGUUUGAAGUGAGUGUUGUAUUUGCUCAUCCAGAGACAGAUGAAGAUUGCUGUUUUCUGUAA